UAAGUUAUACAAAAUUUAAAUUAUAAAGGGUAUAUAAAUGCAAAUCAGUUGAUUACAAAGCUGUCAUAUUUGUGUCGGUACGUAUUAUCUGUGAUACGUAGUCAAACAAUCCAGCGCGUUUGAAGAAAUAGGCUCUUACUAAAAUCUAACGUUGACUGAGUGUGAUCGAAGUAUAUAAUUAAUGUUAUAAUAAUCUUUUAUCAGUUGAAAUUAGUAAAAUAGUGGGUUCCAUUUGUACCACAUAAUGGUAAAAACAAAAUCUAGUGGUGUUGAAGCGGAGAACGGUGGCAAAAGUACAGAAAUAGUACCUGCUUCAAACUCGUCCACGGGUGCUGCAGCAUCGCAGGAUAAUGAUAACAUUUCCACCCGAGUUGGAACUAGAACCAAGAAAGCUAAAGUGGUAUUUGAUCCUUCGGAUCAUUAUGUUCCUCGAAAACGUGUCAGGAAAACUGAAAUAAAUCCCGCUGAAUCUUCCGGAGUUUCAACUACAGCUAGCAAACUGAAUGAUAAUAUCCCGAAAUCACCACUGAAAACAGAUAAAGCCGGGGAAGUUAGUUCAGGAUCAAAGUCACGCUUGACACUAAGUCCUGCGGUAAUACCACCGAAAAAUUCUAUCAUCAGCACAUAUAAGCCGAAAGUGUUUGGUCCAAGUUCACCACCUGAAGGAAGUAGCCGUCUACAUGCUACUUCUAGCGGUAAUGGUGCAAUUCGAAAGCAGGAAUUUAAACGUGAGCCUGUUUGCGAUAUGUGUCACAAAGCUGAACAACAACGGCGUGGUUUCAAACUAAUUGAUUGUUCAAACUGUGCAUUUAGAGCUCAUUCAAAGUGUCUCUGCGCCCAUCCCGUUUAUUCCAAGUUUCCAAUAAAGCCUAAUUUUCGCUGCUUCCAGUGCAUUGAAUGUGUCGUGUGUGGAAAAUCUUUGCGUGGCGGCAACUUACUCUUUUGUUGCGAUUGUCAAAAUGCGUUUCAUCAAAACUGCCAUGGCCCAUCUACUUCAAUGAACGAUAAAAACUCGAAUGGUCGGUGGAUUUGCAAACGAUGUACUGAUGAGAGAUCGACUACUAAACAGUCGUCUUUACGACCUCCAGAGAAACGACCCGCUGCACUACAGCAUGUAGAGCCUGAAAUGCAGGAAGCUGCCGACGAUGAAGGUUAUCAGGAAUUCGCUGGAUUCAGUGAUAACGAGAUAAGGAAAGAUUCAUUUUCUUUAUCGGAUGGAACGAUCAAUGAAGGAUGUAAUAGUCUGGAAAAGAUAAAAAUUGAAUCGUCAGAUUCUCGUAACUACUCGAAUGCUGAUACGGAUAACAAAGAAGAGACCAUACAACCAAAACAAAAUCUUGAUCCGCGUCUCGAUAAUUUUGAGAAUGUUGAAAAUUGGACUUGUGACGAUGUGUUUCAAUACUUUCAAUAUUACUUUCCUGAAUAUGCUCAUCUUUUCAAGGAACAGGAAAUUGAUGGUCCCUCAUUGGUUCUUAUGAGGAAAUCCGAUGUUGUCACAGGGUUCGGAUUGAAACUUGGUCCUGCUAUAUCUCUAUACCAACGCAUCGUUAUGAUACAAAAUAACGAUAGAGAUUUUCGAUUAACGUGGCUAUAAAGCAGUUUUCAUAUGUAAUUUAU